AUGUUGCUUCUUGAAUACUGGGAGGGUUGCUUCGGCACCAAAUUGCCACCUUUAUUUUGUGAUUGUAGGACUACUACACAAACAAUUGUUUUUAAUGACCCUAAAUUAGUUGAAGAGAUUUACACGACUAAAUCCAAGUUUAUGGAUAAGCAUCAGAAAUUCCAGUAAAUUCUGGAUGAUAUGAUUGGAAAAUCACUUGGAGUCGAGAAAUCUACACAAGAGUGGGCUGAUAAAAGAAAGCAUUUGACAAAAGCAUUUUACAAGGACAAGAUAUUAGUUAUAAUAAAAAAAUCUAUCGCUAUGACAUUAGAAAAAAUAUAGACUUGGAAGGAAAAACUAAAAGAGAAAGAUUCAGACUAACAUAUAAUCAUUUUAAACAAAGAAAUUUAGGAAUUGCUUGAUGAAGUAGUUAAUGUUUCCAUCUUUGGUUAAGACAAUGAAAGAGUUACUAUACCUUAUUUUCUAAACGGAAAAUUUACUCAAAUGGUUCCUGGAUAGUUUGCAAGAACUCUUUUGAAUGAUAUCUUGAAGAAACUUUAGCACCCAUUGAGAGCUAGCUUUGAGAUUUUUGAUAAGAUACCUCUUAAUAAAUAAGAGAGAGAUACAAGAAAAAAUUGUAUAAAAUUCAGAGAACAUGUUUAAACAAUGAUUGACUCUAGAAGAAAAUAGAUGAAUGAACCAAGCUAUAUCCCUUAGACAGAUUUUUUGACAAUGAUUUUAUCUAAUCCUUAUUUUGAAGGCAAAGAUAAAACGAUUAUAGACGACUGCUGUAACUUUUUUAAUGCAUCUAAUGUCACAACAUCAACAACCUUGACAAAUCUUCUUUUCUUCCUGAUCAGAGACUAAGAUAUUUUAAAGAAGAUAAGAGAUGAAUGUUAAAGAGAUCUUAAGGUGGGAGACUUUUCUAAAAUCAAUUGUGAACAAUGGCAGAAUCUUGCAACCUACGAAGCACUCAAUGAUUGCAAUUAUCUUUAGUACUGUAUAAUGGAGACAUUAAGAUACGAGCCUCCUAUCCCAGUUACUACAUUACAUGUAUUUUCAGAGGAUGUUAAGAUAGGAAACUUCACUAUUAAAAAGGAAUCAAGUUGGUAAGUAAACAUUAAUGAACUUCAUUUCAACCCUGAUGAAUGGAUCAGACCUUAAGAAUUCAACCCAGACAGGUUUGAUCCUAGUAAUCUUCUUUACCUUACACCUAAUGGUAAAAAGAGACAUGCAAUGUCUUAUGGACCAUUCUUUGGAGGAAAUAGAAUUUGCCUAGGAAAAACUUUUGCUGAGAGUAUGAUUAAAUGCCUCUCAAUUGUGAUUAUCAACUCUAUUGAUUUUGAGUUUGAAGAUAAAGAUUUGCUUGUCAGAAAGCCUUUGAACAGCAUCCUCUUUAAAGAACCGACGUAUCUAGUUAGGCUAAAACCUUUAAUUUCAUGA